CGCCGGCCACGGGCACCCCCGGGCCGCCCCCGCGCCAGGUAGUACUGGUGCUUCCUUCCAAUGCCAGUCAAUCCAUCAAGACCACAUUUGUAAUGAUGACAGUGACAAGAGUGAAGAUAGUCCGAGUCCUAAGAGACAACGCCUUUCUCAUUCAGUCUUUGACUAUACAGCAGCAUCACCAGCCCCAUCACCACCAAUGCGACCAUGGGAGAUGACAUCAAAUAGGCAGCCUCCUUCAGCUCGACCCAACCAACAUCACUUCUCAGGGGAACGAUGCAACACACCUGCACGCAACAGGAGGAGUCCUCCUGUUAGACGCCAGAGAGCGAGAAGGGAUCGCCUGUCUCGACACAAUUCCAUUAGUCAAGACGAAAACUAUCACCAUCUCUCCUACGGACAGCAACAAGCAAUAGAAGAGCCCCGAGCCUUCCACCCACCGAAUGUAUCCCCCCGUAUGUUGCACCCAGCCGCUCAUCCGCCACAGCAGAAUGCAGUGAUGGUCGACAUUCAUGAACAGAUCCACCAGGGCACAGUCCCUGUCUCAUACACAGUAACAACGGUGGCACCACAUGGGAUUCCGCUCUGCACAGGCCAGCACAUACCAGCUUGUAACACACAGCAGGUCCCAGGAUGUUCUGUGGUUUUCAGUGGACAGCACCUUCCCGUCUGCAGUGUGCCUCCUCCAAUGCUUCAGGCAUGCUCAGUCCAACACUUACCAGUACCGUACGCAGCAUUCCCACCCCUUAUUUCUAGUGAUCCAUUUCUUUUGCAUCCUCCUCACCUCUCUCCACACCAUCCUCCUCACCUGCCACCGCCAGGCCAGUUUGUUCCCUUCCAAACACAACAGUCACGGUCGCCACUUCAAAGGAUAGAGAACGAAGUAGAACUUCUUGGAGAACACCUUCCGGUAGGAGGUUUUACCUACCCUCCCUCAGCCCAUCCACCAACAUUGACUCCCUCAGCCCCACUCCAGUUCUUAACGCACGACCCUUUACACCAGGAGGUGUCCUUUGGAGUACCUUAUCCACCCUUUAUGCCUCGAAGACUCACAGGGCGCAGUAGAUACCGAUCCCAGCAGCCAAUACCACCACCCCCUUAUCAUCCCAGCCUGUUACCAUAUGUGCUAUCAAUGCUUCCAGUGCCACCUGCAGUUGGACCAGCUUUCAGCUUCGAGUUGGAUGUGGAAGAUGGAGAGGUGGAAAACUAUGAGGCGCUGUUGAAUUUGGCAGAACGAUUGGGAGAAGCCAAACCACGAGGACUGACAAAGGCAGACAUUGAACAGCUUCCAUCUUACAGGUUCAAUCCAAACAACCACCAGUCAGAACAGACUUUGUGCGUAGUAUGCAUGUGUGAUUUUGAGUCAAGGCAGCUACUUAGAGUCUUACCUUGUAACCACGAGUUCCAUGCCAAGUGUGUCGAUAAAUGGCUUAAGGCAAAUCGUACCUGCCCAAUUUGUAGAGCUGAUGCUUCAGAAGUGCAUCGUGAUUCAGAAUGACCAAUCUAAGAGCACAAUUCUAGUUUGGGUGUUCCUAGUCACAUGUAUAGACGAACUAUCCAUUGAACUUACCUGUGUGGCUGCCAGCCUUCCCUUUACACAAAAGGGUCAAUGGACCUUUUUUUGCACUGUGUGAUUUAAUCAAUUAUAAAGCUUAUAAUUAGUCUUCACAAUUAUGGGAUUGUUAUACUAACCGUGUGAUUGGAACUCCAAAGAUUUUAUUUUCUUUAGCUUAAUUUUGUGUGUGCACUAACAUUCCCUGGUUUUUGUGUGAUCAUUCCAAGUGUUGCUGCGAGAUUACAGUGGACGUGAUCUUUUAGCAUGUGCUUUUAUAAAAA